AUGGACACACUGACCGAAGUGAAGACUGCCCUGCCCGGGGCUGCUGCCUUGCAGCACUCUGGUGGGAAGGUCGGAAUGCAGCCCAGGGACAUCAGAACCUUCACAAACGUCUCCAAGGGCAGCUGUGAUCACGAGCACUGGCGCAAGUUUGUCCAGCGCGAAGCUGAGAUAACCGGUCAGGUGGUCGUCGCUGGAGUUUAUAACUUCCAUCUCCUGCUACCCGCCCUGUAUGACACUGGCCUUCAGCGAGCAUCUCAGUUGGUUCUGGUAAUGAACGACUUCCAAAGAUUCCGCUUCACUGUCAGCCUGCACGGCCACUCCAAGCUUUGCUGCCCUGCUGACAUCAAGGAGAAGAAGUGUGGGGCCCGGUGCUCCUACCCAGAGGUGCGCCGCUCUGCCAUCCUGAGUGCCUCUGAGCAGCGGGACUUUGAGCAGAAGCUUGCCCUGUCUGCAGUGAGACUCUACUGUGACUUUAAGGAGUGCCCGGGCUGCAGAAGCCUCGUGGAGAGGAAGGACCUGACCUCGUUGCGGGUGUUGUGCACAAUCUGCACCUCCACGCGGGGGAAGGAUUACGAGUUCUGCUGGCAGUGCCUGAAGGCCUGGAAAGGGCCUGGGACAUCCUCAGUCCGCUGUGGCAACGAGGGCUGCAGGGACCAGAUCCUGCACAUCCUGGCCACCUGUGCCACCAAGGACCUCCCUGACAGUGAGGUCCGAGGCUGCCCUUCCAUCCGGGCCUGCCCCACGUGUGGGCUGCUCAUCGAGCACAAAGAGAGGUGCAAGUAUGUCAUGUGCCCCCAGUGCCAUGUGGAGUUCUGCUUCGCCUGCCUGGAGACCGCGCAGGCCUGCCAGGCCACCAGGCCAAACAGCUGGUUUAGGAAGUGCACCAAGUCCCUGGCCCCGCGGCAAAGCCACGUUCCCGUGUGGAGCCAGCUGCAACAGAGAAGUCCACGUGAAAGCCACGUGGACCAUGGCAAUAACCAGCAACAGCAUAAUCGUCCUCCAGUAGACAGUGAUGGGAGGUGUGUGAUUCUGUGAGUGGUGCUGGGCCAGGCAGCUCCCUGUCUCCCAGCUCCAUCCUUCCUGCCUGGGCCUGAAAUGUCUUUCCUCUGCCGUGUGUCCCCAGCCCUUUCAGAAACAGAGCUGUUGGGAGGCACCCGUUAA